UGGGCUCGCUUCUUAUUCUAUCCUCCAUGUCCCUGGUAAUCUUGCUUCUCAUUUGGAGCUACUUCCAAAGGGUCCCGCUUGGAGAUAACCCAUCAACCAAGGCGAGUGUCUCUCUGCCCUCCCCUACUGCGAAGCUGUACAUUGUGGAUCUUGGAGAAAGACGAUACGAAGAUCCACAGCUUGUGAUUGCUUCCCACCAUGAUAUGUUGUCUGCCGUGCUGGGAAGCAAGGAAAAGGCUCGCGAUUCGAUUGUUUACAGCUACAAACAUUGUUUCUCGGGCUUUGCGGCCACGCUCACGCCAUCUCAAGCACACCAAAUUGCAGAAUUGGCGGAGGUGAUCAGUGUCAGUCCAAGCCGCACUUUUCCUCUCCAUACCACGCGAAGCUGGGACUACCUCGGCCUACGGUAUAGCCAUCAGCAACCCACAGGACUACUUGAGAAGGGCAAGGAAGGCGAUGGGAUCAUCAUCGGAGUUGUCGACACAGGCAUCUGGCCGGAAUCGAGAAGCUUCAACGACGAUGGUUAUGGCCCCGUCCCAUCCCGCUGGAAAGGAACGUGUGAAAUAGGCGUAGAACACCCCAUCAGAUGCAACCGCAAGAUCAUCGGUGCAAGAUACUACAGUAAAGACGCCGACCCGUCUGAGGUCGCGCGAGACUACGACUCCCCCCGUGACGCCAAUGGCCAUGGAACACACACCGCUUCCACCGCAGCAGGUUCUCUGGUAAGCGAUGCAAGCUUCCACGGUCUCGGUGCCGGUACAGCAAGAGGAGGCGCUCCUCGUGCACGGCUAGCGAUCUACAAGGUGUGCUGGGGAUCAGGAAGAUGCGGGGAAGCCGACGUACUACAAGCCAUAGAUGACGCGGUGGAUGAUGGAGUGGACAUCUUGUCACUGUCAAUCGGUGGGGAUGGCUACCUUCCGGCUUCACUAGGCGCGGUAAGAAGUGGCAUGACGGUGAUCUUCUCCGGCGGCAAUGACGGUCCCGUCACUCAAACAUUAAAUAACGACGUUCCAUGCGUCAUCACCGUGGCUGCCAGCACCAUCGAUCGAUCUUUUCCGACCGUCAUAACCCUCGGAGACAAACAAACUGUGGUGGGACAAUCGCUGUUCUAUGACACGGCGGAUGUAGGAUUCAAAGGCCUAGUAGUGCCUGCAAGUUGCUCUGCAGAGGACAUACAUUCCAGAUAUGUAGUAGGCAAGAUUGUGCUGUGCGCUGACAGUGGGCCUGCUGGGAACUUCGACGACGUUUUGGGAAUCCUGCAGGGAGCCAAAGCCGCCGGUGUGAUCUUUGGACGAUUCCCACGCAGCAACCUCCUACCUUGCGAACGCUUCAUAUGUGUCCUGGUAGACAAAGAUGUACACGAGCAAAUAUGGAUAUAUGGUGAAAAGACGACAAGUUCUCCGGUGGUGAAGGUGAGCCCAGCCUUAACCUCGGCCGGGAUUCCAAUCACGUCGCCCAGGGUGGCAGCUUUCUCCUCCAGGGGGCCGAGUGUAUCUUAUCCAGACCUGGUCAAGCCCGAUAUCACAGCUCCGGGAGUCAGUAUCUUGGCCGCAGUGGAAGAUUCUUAUGAAUUCAUGUCCGGGACUUCAAUGGCCUGUCCUCAUGUAUCUGGAGUUGCAGCUCUUCUCAAAGUAGUGCAUCCGGAAUGGUCUCCAGCUGCCAUCAAAUCAGCACUUGUCACCACCGCAUACACGACCGAUGCGUACGACUUCCCAGUAGAGGCAGAGGCGAUUCCUCGGAAGCUGGCCGAUGCUUUCGACUAUGGCGGAGGUCACAUCGAUCCUAAUAAAGCCGCAGAUCCUGGACUUGUUUAUGAUAUCCAUCCGGAUGAUUACUGCAACUACUUCCCGUGCACAAACCGUGCCUUGAGUCUGCCCUCGGACGACAUUCCCGGCCUCGGGACGUCCGGAGUGGAUAACAAACGUAUGUAUGACCUGAACCUGCCCUCCAUCUCCGUUCCCGACCUGAAGGAGACCCCUGUGACGGUCGGGAGGACCGUUACUAAUGUGGGCGACAAGAAAUCCAAGUACAAGGCAGUAGUGCGUUCUCCACCAGGUGUUAACAUGGUUGUGGAGCCGUCCGUUCUGGAGUUCAAGGCUUCGAAGCAGAAGCUUCCCUUUAAGGUGACCUUCACGUCGCUUCACAAGGUGCAAGGAGGCUUCACUUUCGGAAGCUUGACUUGGGUGGAUGAUGGUGGGAACCAUACCGUCAGGAUUCCGAUCGCGGUUCGAGUGAUCAUCGUAGAUUCCUUUUCUGACACCUCCUAGAGUCCAAGUUAUAAGCUCUGGCCUGAGCAUUCGAGACAUGAAGUAAUAAUGGAGCCGAGUUAUAUGUUGCUGUAGCAGUAAGUUCAAUGUUAAGUUCUCUCGAGGAAUAAAAGGAUAUCUGUUACGUUGUUCGUGCGUA